CCUAACCACAGUCACCACCGCACCACUGUCUCUCUCAGAUCUCGUCUCAACACAGUCACCACUGUCGACGGCCAUCACUUUGUCUUCAAUCAUGUAGUUGGAGAUCUUGCUCGUCUGCGUUUGCCUUCAAUCAAGUGGCCUGUUUUGCAGGCCAUCGAUUUCAAGGACUCGCCGUUGUCACACCUUGCUCCUUCCAUCCAUCCAUCCCUCUACUACGAAAUUAAAGCCAAAUACAAAUGGCUUGAAAAGGAUGAAGCUAGCAUUAAAAAAAGCUUUAAUAGUAGGGGAACAUUGGCCCUGAAAAAUGCUUUGUUCAAGGUUCGUAGCGGUAAAGAUAAAGAUGAAUGGAUUGAUGAAGACAAGUUAAAAGAAUUAACGGAUCAAUGGAAAGGUGAAAAGUGGCAAAAUAUUUCUAAGAUUAAUACACAAAACAGAAAGUCUCAAGCUGGACAUAAUGUGCACAGUGGAGGAUCCAUUUCUGCUAGAGAACAUGCCGAAAAAAUGAGGAUGGAAUUGAAUAGAGAGCCAACCUGUUUUGAGGUUUAUCAGAGAAUGCAUAAACCAAAGGAAAAAUCAAAUGAGUGGUUUAACAAAGAACAAGCUCUGAUAGCUGAAAGUUACCAAACUAAAUUGUUUGAGAGAAAUUCUCAAAUAGGUGAGGGUAGUAACCAACAAUCUGAUGAUAGUAUAUACAUGGAAGUUGUUGGAGGCAUUAACAAGAAGGGACACAUAUUUGGAUUGGGAUCUCAAGCUGCCACUGUCAAAGAAUCUUUGAAAUUUUCUCCUUCAAUUUCUACUGAUGUGGUACAGUCAGAUAAAGUUGCUGCUAUGGAGGCUAAGAUCGAAGCAUUAACCGUUGAACUUGAGCAAAAGAAUCUUGAACAAGAAACGUUAAAACAAAAGAUGGAGCAUUGGGAUCAGAUUUUGGGAAGGUUUGUGCCUAGUAUUAAUCAAAACUCUCCGGGUCAACUUGGAAGAGAAGGUGAUAAUGAAAAUUAUGAGAUGGAUAAUAAUGAAAAUUAUGUGAUGGAUGAUGAAGAUGAUGUGUUGGAUGAUGAAGCUUAGCUUUAGUUACUUUCUUUUAUGUAUUUUUGUUAAAUCAAUUAUAUGAAUUUUUGUGUCUUUGACAAUUUUAGGUUUGAUAUUAUAUUUAGUGCAGUAGUGGUGCACUUGAUACUUUGUAAGAAUGACAUACAUUUGGUGUCAAUCGAAAUUUGAUUUUCUCA